AUGGCGCCGGCUCCAUCGCCCGAGCCGGUCGAGCAUCCGGCCGCCCAGGCGGUAUGGACCGGUGCGACGAACCUGUCGCUUCUUCCGGUAGUCUUCCUGACCUACCGUGUGGACAUGCGCUUUGAGAGCGUGGUCUGCUUCUUCACCUUGGUGACCUCGGCCACCUACCAUGUGUGCGAGAGUUUGGACUACAAGUUCUUAGGAGUCAACCACUACAGGUGGCACUUUAUGGACAAUAUCUUUGCCAUUACCGGCAUCAUGUUGAACAUCAUGAACUUUGCUCAG